AUGUCGUUGCUGUUCGACCCAUCAUUUAUCAUUCUGCGGGAAGAUCAGAGCUACAAAGUGUUCAAUAUGUUGCUCGUCAUGUCGCAGAUAUUUGGGGGUCUCGCCGUUUUUCUCGUCGCCAUUUGGAUGAGCGCCUACGAGAAUGGCUAUGCUUGGACGGAAGAUCCCGACAAGGAAUUCAAUUAUCAUCCGACAUUCAUGGUAAUGGGAAUGGUGUUCAUUUAUGGAGAAUCCAUUCUUGUCUACCGCGUGUUUCGUAACGAACGUAAAAAAUUUAGCAAAACUCUCCACGUAAUUCUUCAUUCGAUCGUUUUGGUGUUCAUGGUGACUGCAUUGAAGGCAGUUUUUGACUACCACAACCUCCACAAGAACCCUGAUGGAACCCCGGCCCCAAUUGUCAAUCUCGUAUCUCUUCAUUCAUGGAUCGGACUCUCUGUUGCUAUCGCCUUCGUUAUGCAGUACGUCAUUGGAUUCAUCACUUAUUUCUUCCCGGGAAUGCCAAUUCCACUUCGUCAACUCAUCAUGCCAUUCCAUCAACUCGUCGGUGUCAUCAUCUUUGUCUUCGUCGGCAUCGCCGUCGGAAUGGGAAUCUCCGAAAGGGCUGCAUGGAAACACACCUGUUGGACCAAAAAAGGCGAAAUGUGCGGACAACAAGCGACUUCAUCAUUUGUCGGAGUCUUCACAUUCCUAUACACCAUCUGCGUUCUUAUCCUCGUUUUGAAUCCGCGCUGGAAACGCCAACCACUUCCGGAAGAAGAAGGCCUUCAUCAUUUGACUACCAGCCAUAGCAUGCAAGACUAA